AUGUCCACUCUAGAGAGUGAUGGCACACACAUUGCCGAAAGAAUCAAAAACCUCGAGGGUCAGCUGCAUGUUCGCGACCAGGCUUUGUCCUCGAACAAAACCGAACGCCUGCUUCAACUGGCAAGAAUCAGUGGCCUGGAUACCGAAAGCAAGAAGCAAUCCGAGGCUUCCGGGAAGAAAACUUGCUCGGAACGCGAUGCUGAGAUUGAGGACCUCAAGCUGAAGCAUCGGAACUUUCAGACUCAAAUUGAGGCUCUCGAAAUCGACGAACACCGCGUCAGAGACGUCAGCCUUGCUGAUCACAAUGAGGUCAGAGAUCUUCAGUCGAAAUGCUGGAGUCGCGACGAACGGAUUAGGAAACUCGAAGCAGAUGUUAAAAGUCAAGACGGUAAAAUAAAGCACCUUAAAACCCGGGUAUCGGCUGGCGAGUCAAAAUCACAACAGCUCGAAGCCGACAAGGUCCAGCAGGCUGAACGAAUUCAUCGUAUAGAAGACUGCAAUUCGAGAUACGAAGCCCUCAUUGGAGACAAGGACAAUCAGCUUCAUCGGGCAGAGUCAGGUUGUUGGAGCUUAAUGAGACUCUCUACUAUUGCAGCGGUUCGGGACCAAAUGAUUUCGGCAAAAAAUGACAUGGAGUUCGAGCUCCUGGUAGCGCUGCUGUAG